AUGGCGGCGGCGGGGCAGAUCCACCUCCUCGCGCCCCGGGCACCCUCCACCCCUUCACCCCGCGCCCCAUCCCCAACCACACGGCGGCAGCCUCCUGUUGGUCCGGCGACGCCGGAUCCGGCCCUCCUCGACGGCUUGCCCGCGUGGCUCCGGCCAGCCCCGCCCCCUCCAUCCUCGGCCGCUGCCGGUGCCUCCAGGCCCCCACCCCUGCGGCGGCAGCCUUCUGCUGGUCCGGUGACGCCGGAUCUGGUCCUCCCCGACGGCCUGCCCGGCUGCUCCGGCCAGCCCCGCCCUCGUCCAUCCUCAGCCGCUGCGGGCUCCAUCACCCACCGUGCGCCUCCCCCUCCGCCCCGGGACCCACCCGGCGCGCCCUCCACCAGCUGCUGCACGAGCUUGCCGGCCGGCGGCGGUUCCGACGCUCCUGGCGUUGUUCUCCGACGGCCCUCCCCCUCCCCGAGCCACGGUGACUGUUCUUGCGGGUGCGUGGCGACGCAUCUGUGGUUGUGGCAGACAUGGAGCCCCUCGCGGCGGGCACUCGCUGGUGCUGUUCUGGCCCCGACGGCUUAG